AUGCCUCAAGAGAAGGUCGCCAUCAUCGGCUCCGGUAACUGGGGCACUGCCAUCGCCCGCCUUGCUGGUAUCAAUACCGCCAAGCACACCGACGUCUUUGACGGCUCCCGCGUCCCCAUGUGGGUCUUUGAAGAAGAGUUCGAGGGCAAGAAGCUCACCGAGGUGAUCAACACUGAGCACGAGAACAAAAAGUACCUCCCUGGUAUCAAGCUCGCCGAGCACAUCGUUGCCGUUCCCGACUUGCUCGAGACUGUCAAGGACGCUACCGCCCUCGUCUUUGUCACUCCCCACCAGUUCCUCGGCAAGCUCCUCGAUCAACUCGAGGGCCACGUCCGCAAAGACGCCAAAGCCAUCACCCUCAUUAAGGGUGUCGACGUCCGCGGUGCCGACAUCCACAUCUUUGCCGACGUCAUUGAAAAGCGCCUCGGUAUCCCGACUUCUGCCCUUUCCGGAGCCAACAUUGCCAACGAAGUCGCCAAGGACACCUUCUCGGAGACUACGAUUGGGUACAGGAGCAAGGCGGAUGGAGAGCUGUGGCAGAAGUUGUUCCAGACGCCCAAGUUUAAGGUGCAGCUGAUUGACGAUGUUGCCGGUGUCUCCCUCUGUGGUGCCCUGAAGAACAUUGUUGCCGUCGCUGCCGGUUUCUGCGACGGUCUCGGCUACGGCUCCAACACCAAGGCCGCCAUCAUGCGAAUUGGUCUCCUUGAGAUGAAGCACUUUUGCCAAGAAUUCUUCGACGACGUCAAAGAAGAGUCAUUCCUCCAAGAAAGCGCCGGUGUCGCAGAUGUCAUCACCACAUGCCUGGCAGGGAGGAACUGUCGGGUUGCAAAGGCCUUUGUCGGAAGUGGCAAGACCUUUGACCAACUCGAAGAAGAGAUGCUCAACGGCCAACGAUUGCAAGGUACCCUCACCGCCAAGGAGAUCCACGAGUUCCUCCACGCCAAGGGCAAGGCUCGCUCGUACCCGCUCUUCGAUAAGGUGUACCAGAUCGCUUGGGAGGGUGUCGACCCCGAGCAGUUGACUGAGGGGCUCUAA